UGCGUCGUUGUAAAGAGUAUUUCAAUAGAAAAGUUCAUAAACUUUAGCGAAAUUUGUUAUCCACAUUUUCGAAUAGAGGUACGAGCUUCCUUAAACAUGAACAGGUAUUCGUCAGACAGUCGUGUGAAAGGAGUCAGCCUCGGGACUACAAUAUUAGCGGUGAAGUUCGCUGGAGGUGUUAUUAUUGGCUCAGAUUCGCGAGCCUCGAUGGGUGGGUCUUAUGUUUCAUCAAAGGUAAUUAACAAACUAGUUCAAGUCCACGACAGAAUAUUUUGCUGCAUGUCAGGAUCACUCGCUGACGCUCAAGCCAUCACGCGUGCAGCCAAAUUCCAGCUCGCAUUCCACAGUAUUCAGAUGGAUGAGCCUCCUUUGGUGAUGGCAGCAGCCUCUAUUAUGCAGGAGCUGUGCUAUCAGCACAGAGAGGAGCUCUCAGCUGGUUUCAUCACUGCAGGCUGGGACAGGAAAAAAGGACCACAAGUGUACUCUGUUUCUUUGGGGGGGAUGCUUGUGAGUCAGCCCUUCACUAUUGGUGGGUCAGGAAGCACAUACAUAUAUGGUUAUGUGGAUGCAAAGUACAAGCCAGGAAUGACCAGAGAGGAGUGUCAGACCUUUGCUGUCAAUGCACUGGCUCUGGCUAUGGGAAGAGACAAUGUAAGUGGGGGUGUUGCCCACUUGGCCGUCAUUUCGGAAAAAGGUGUUGAGCACGUUGUCGUCCCAGGAGACAAGCUGCCAAAAUUUCAUGAUAAAUAGACUGCUGUUAUCCAUAUCAAUGGGGUCCUUGAUGUUUGAUGAAGAUAAUGAUGAACAUGCAAUAAAAGUUCUAAUUACAAAUUUUUUUUGUUUCGCAUUGUCUGUACAUGAACGUCUUGUUAUUUUAAAAAUCUUAAAACUAUUGAUAAUUCAUUAAUAAUCAUAAUUGCAGUAAGGGUUUCUUGUGACACUGUGUAGCUAAGUUUUCCCUGAUUCAUUCAGCAUUGACUUGGAUUUGUGAAAUGAAAUGUUCAAAUACAUGUAAAAGUGACUCCUACAAAGGUUUUAGACAGUGUUGGGGGUAAAGCAUUAGGCCUACAAGUAACACAA